GCGAUCCCUUGGCAUCCCGACCCGGGACCCGACCCGACAUUCUUCCCCCGCUUCGACACAGAUCCACAACACAUCGCCGUAAUUGAAACAGCUGAUCCCGUCGGCGUCUACGCAUCCAUUCAACAAAUUGGGAUCGCUGCAAUCACCCCAGUCGCCCAGUGUGCCGAGUUUCCCGCUUGGUCGUCGACCGCCCUCGGGCAGGGUCCCAGCCCAGGUCCCAGUUAACCUCGACUCAACUUGACUGCCAGCCACUCGCAUACGUGCCAAGCCCAGAAAAUGACCCGCGGUAACCAGCGUGAACUUGCUCGUGCCAAGAACCAGAAGAAGCAGCUGGCAGCAGCUAAGUCUAAAGGACCUGACGAUGGAAUGACACUUGAGCAGAGAAGACACAGGGACGCUGAACUCAUGAGGGAAAAGCAGAAAAAGAAGGAGGAACUCGCAGCAGCGAAAACCGCUCAAGCAGCCAAAUGAAGCAUAUGUUUUUUUUUAAAAUGAUUCUAAACAAAACAAUCAUCUCUAAAACUCAAACGUGACCAAACUGUUCUAAAAUGUAAUUUAACAUGCAAAUUGUGCAGACGUCUCUUCUCAAAAUUCCUCAUGUACAUUUCCAUUUUGAUAACUUCUUUGCAAGCUGUUAAUAUGAAGUGGGAUGGGUCUAACCAAGUGGACUGGUUCCUCCCUUCCCCCUUUAUAUGAAAGUAUUAGAGCAGUUUUGUCAGUGUGAAAAGUUGCACUGGUUUACCAUUGCCUACUCCUAUGAAUUUAUGACGUUCAAAUAUCCUUAAUUGCUCACAUAUAAUAUUUUCUGCGAAGAUUUUCUUCUUGGGCUUGGUCUGUGUACAGCAAAAUUUGUCUACAUAAUGAUAUCAUCAAGUACGACUAGUCUAGGGCAUAUUCAUAUUUAACAUGUACGCUGAUGUGUAUUUUUUAAUGCCAUGGUUUAACAUGUGGAUGAUAGCAUUCUUGUAAACCAGGGAAUGUAUUAAUCAUUUACAAUUACCUGUUACUCAUCUUUUUCCAUUUGAGUGAUGUUUUUAUAGAAAAGGCUGGUAGUUGAUCGGUGAUAAAUGAACCUACAAAUCAAACCUUUUUACUUGCUUGUUGUUCUUAGUAGUCUUUGACAGCCUAAACUUUUUGAUUACUUCACCUACUGCUCAUUCAAGCUGUGCUGUUUCAGUAUCACUAGAUUUUAUUUUUAAAUUUUCUUUUAGUUAUGCCUUUGUAACUUUAAUUUAUUAUUGAAAGUCUUAUUGAGUCUCCAAAAUUUAGGGAAAGCACAAUAAAUGAGUGGCCUUUUUGUGUUUUGUUUUCUUUUUUUUUACUGGCUAACAAUUGUGGAACACUUCUACUGCUACUGCCUUCUAUUCUGGGUAAUAAAGACAAGCCCCUAAAUUAUUGUGUGCCUGGGGAGGACUGACUGAAGGGAAUCUUUCUUUAUACCCGAGUGUUUUGAUAAAACCUCCACUUAUCAAACUGUGUAGGAUUCGGCUCUCAUUAUGUUUUGGUUAUUGUCAAGCCUGUUGCUUUGAUUGAACCAUUGUAAUUUGUGACCUUUCUCUUCCCUGUGCUGCUCAUCUGUUCUGUUUGUUUAGAAAGCAUUUUUCUGGUCUAGGGAAUUUGAUUCAGUUUUUGUAUGCCUGCUAAGUUACUCAUCUGCCUUCUUUUUUUUGGAGUAAUUUAACUUGCAUUUGUGAUAUUUUUAACACCUGGAAUGCUCCUUUUUCAUUCAAUUUCCUAAUUUUCAGAGCAAGAUUGUUUCUAAAAAAAAUUCCUGUCAGUUCAAAUAUAAUGUUAACCAUUUCCUGAUUAGCAUGAUCCUGAAUGUAUGGUACUAGGUCCAUGGUGAAUGUUCCUUGUGUGUGAAUGUGUGUGUGUGUACGAGUCCCCACCCAUUUCUUUGCUUAGUGACUUUUUUUUUGUGUGUAAUCCUGUUGCCUUUUGCUAAGUGAUGAAUUUAAUAAUAAUUUAAUAAAAGGGAACAUUACGACUU